AUGGCAGCAGCGCAGGAUAUGACGAGCCAUGCUCUGCACGCUUUUACUGUAACUGUAGGUGUAGCUGGUGGUGACUUAUCCUUCACAAUUACCACUGACAACGUGAAAGUAGCAAAAGAGUUAUGCGAUACUGCAGUUGAGAUAACAAAAGAAUUAUGCGAUACAGCAGUUGAGAUAACAAAAGAAUUAAGCGGUACUGCAGUUGAGAUAACGAAAGAAUUAGGCGAUACUGCAGCUACACUUGGUACUAUUUACGUUUUUUAUAAAUUGGCAAUACCAGUAGUUGAUGCAGUUAUUGAUAAAGUCUUCGAUGGUGAAAGAGAUGACCAAGAAGUUCGGGAGAUCAGACCAGGAUCUCUACAUGUUUUACUUCGUUGUUUCACGGAUAAAAGAUUUCUUGAAGUUCUGGCGGACUAUGAAUCUGGAAGAAUAAAAGAACGUUUGCAGAAAGAAUUCUCACUGGUUGGCAUUGAAGUAGAAGGACUGAAGGUCGAGAUCGAAAACAUGGAAGAAGUAGAAAAAAUUAAAGCAGCUAUAAACAAGAGGUAUGUAAAUCAAUUAAUAUAGCUUUGUAUUUUAUAGAAUGCAUCUAUCGUUUAGCGUUUACUGUCCAGUAUCUUGUCAGUUGUCACGAUACAUACUCAACAAACCAUGACACUACACAAUACACAAACUUUCUCAUAUUCAUUGAACUUCCACUCAUCGAGUGCGAGUGAGCUUUUAAAAUACAGUCCUAAAGCCUAGUUUCCAUUUGGUCGUUAGUUGUCGCUGGCACGACAAGUGGCUGAUGUAAUAGAGUAUCAACAAAACUUUAUAAAACUCUGCAAUCAUUAAGACUGAUUUGCAUAUAACACACAAAAAGACUAUUAUUAUAUUAGACUAUUUCACAUCUACCGCUUGUCGUGCCAGCGACAACUAACGACCAAAUGGAAACUAGGCUUUAGCAGAAGAUCUCAUGGUUGUCUCUCGCGUUUCCCCGCUUCGUGGAUACCACACACAGUUUAUACUUUCGCAUCUAUAACGGCUGUAUAUGAUUGAAAAAUUUGUAUAAUUAGGUUUUCGAAUAAUUCAUAAAAGAUUAAAACCUUCUAAUUUUCUUUUGUCUAAACUGUUAAGAAAAUCCAAGCGAACCACUGCAUCGACACCUAGCCAAAGAAAUCGUCUUGCUGCAGAUUUGGAGCAUGGAUUGAGAUUGAUGGAUACAGCAGGAGACACGAAAGCCAAAGUUGAACAUGGAGAUUUUGAUUACCCAAAAUUUCUUCCAACAAUAGUGAAAAUUUUACAAUUCAUUGAGAAUUCUACUGUAGAUAUAAUAGUCCGAUAACGGAAAUAGUAAAACUCACAUAAACGAAGCAGUGGAUUGAAGCCGCCAGUCUGAAAUAUAAGGAUUCAAAUCGUUAAACACCUACAAUACGGGCUGAAAAAUCUUAACUUUGUACUUUACUUAUGCCGAAGUGUAAAGCAUUUUGUCAUGGCGGUUUCAUCGAAGCAUUAAUGAACAAGUUAUAUAACUCUAUAGCUCUGUCUAGCACUGUAUAUAGAUGGUUAGGGUAAGCCAGUGGCGGUAAAACGCGGAUGUUUCAUUUCCAACCAACUAAAAAUGGCUUGCGCGCGAAAUUUAAAAGCUUUAAUCGUAUUUUGAAUUAAUUUAAUGGAUAUACAAACUGUUGGGUUACAGUAAUUACUGUACAAAAUUUGAGACAAUUUGCUUUAUUUUAAAUAUUCAUUUUCUCCUAAAAAAUCAGCCUUUCGCAUGCUUAAUUAUAACCUUUACCUAAUUUAGAUAUUGCUGACAUAUGCAAAUUAGGCAAAGGCAUAUUAAGCAGGCAAAAGGCUGAUUUUUAAUUAAGGAAAAAAUGUAAGUUUGCGUAAAUAGUUAAAGAGCUUCAACUGAAGCAACUUGUCUCAAAUUUCGAGCAGCAAUUAAACACCUAACGCAUUUUUCACCCGUUAACUUAACAUACGACUGAAGCUUUUAAAUCUCGUGCACCAGCCAUUUUCAGUUUAAGUUCUUUGUAUGUUUGCAUGGCGAUAAAACAUAUGAUAGUUUUGUUUGUGGAAACACUACGUAAAUUUAUUACUGCAAACUGCAAAGCUUUCGAUCCGUAAGCCCGGAUCUUCAUCAAUUUACGUGAUAAAUAUAUAAGUAAAUUUACGUGGUGUUUCCACAAACAAAACUAUUAUACAUUUUUUGUUUGUUGGAAAAUUUACGUUCAAGAAAUUUAUAUAUCAAAAACUGGAUACCAAUACCUGUUUUGCUAAAUUGAGAGCAAUUUCAACUCUGUUCAUUUUUUACUGAUACACCCUGUACAAACACACCCGACCGAAUACAUGAUUAAUUUGCAAUAUAGGCUUAUAUAUAGGUUUAUAUUGUAUAAAGUAGGUUUUAUUAGACUGUAAAAGACUAAGAAGUUGCAGACAUACUUUAAAUCAUACUGUAGACUUGUAUAAACAUGCAUGAAUGACUCCGACUGGGAAUUUGUGUUUAGGGCGUUUCAAAAAGUGAGGAGUUUAUUAAAACGAAACUGGAAAGUUGGAAAAACGUCGAAAUAAAUAUCGGUGUCACAGGCGGGUCUGGUGUUGGAAAGUCAAGCUUUAUAAACGCUAUAAGACGGUAAGAGAUUUGUGAACUUGUAGCUAACAUAGGGUAUAUUUCAAUGAUAUGAUGUACUUUCAGGCAUUGCUUUCGAUAUAUUCGUAUUUUGUUUACUGUAAUACUGGGUGUAUAUUCGUUUGUUGUAUACGACUAUUAGCGGCAAUAUCUUGGUUUGUUUGAUAAUUAUGUAAUAAAUUUUACCGUUUUACAACGAAAACACCCAUUCGAAAACUGAACACAUCCUGUUUCACAAGUUAUUGGAACAUCAUCACUGCAAGUACUGUAUGAUACAGUUUGUUCAACUCGUGUGUUUUUACGCGUGUACAAGAGAUUACUCUAUUGGCCCCCAUUUUGGCUUCACACAAUUAUAGGGCCUUCUACCUCGUUUAUGGUCUUUCCUUGACGCUCCUAUCUCGUUCCCACCGCAAGAGAAAACCCUGGUGACAAGGUUGUGUUUCGAUAAUUUUAUUAAAUACUAUCUUCUCACUUUUACCAGACUUGCAGAUGACGACGACGGCGCAGCGGAGACCGGUGUCACAGAGAAAAUAAGAGUGGCCACCGUCUACCCUCAUCCUACCAACGACAAAAUAAAGUUUUGGGAUCUACCCAGUAUAGGUGCGUACCGGAUGUUGCUGUAAUAGAAUGCUAAUGUGCAUAAGCAGGAAUGAUGAUACGAAGAUUAUGAUGAAUUAUGUUGAGACACUGGAUAUUUAUUUCAAAAUCCUUACAAUGAAAAUAGUAUGGAUCUUAGUCGAAAAUGGUGUGGAAAUCCAAUUUUCAUAAUAAUUGCCAUUUCCAUACUAUUGAUAUACUAUGGAUUUAGUGAUGCAAUCGCAAAUUCCAUAGUAUGUUGUUCCAGUGAGAACGGUGAAGGUGGGGUGAGGAUGGUGGUAAUAAUGGCGGUAAUUAUGGUAACGGCCAUAAGAGUGGUGAUGGUGCUGAUCGCGGUAAUGUGAUCAUGGUUGUGACAAAGAUUAAUAGAUGGUGGUGGUGACGUUAUGGUGGCGAUGACGAUGGAGGUUUUCUAAUAUCUGCAGUUUUCAAGGUGGUAGCAGUAGUGUUCACAGUGAUUGUUACCAAGAGGAAAUUAUAAUCAAACAACUGCAUGUUACAGGACUGGAAUGGUGUAAGGCACAUGCAUUAACUACUUCGACACCAUUAUCACAACAAUUUAAUAACUCAACGAACUAAUAAUUGCAGGUACCGCAAACUACCCAGAUUUUGAAAUCUACUGCAAACAAGUCGGCUUAGUGAAGUGCGACAUCUUCCUGAUCUUAACCGCUCGCCGCUUCACUGCAAACGAUUUGCUAUUAGCCAAAAAAGUAAAUUCCAUGAAAAAGUCGUUCUUUUUGGUGCGCACCAAUAUCGAUCAGGACGUCCAUAAUAGAAGAAGAAAGGAAACAAGUAAUGAAAAAGCAAUUUUGAACGACAUUCGAAAAGAUUGUUUGGAAAAUCUGGAAAGCUUUGGAGCCAGCGAUGGAGUUGUAUUUCUCAUUAGUAAUCAUUACCCAGCCAAGUGGGAUUUUGCUCGUCUCACACAAGCCAUUCUGGAUGUCUUGCCGGCGGACCAAAAGCAAAGUCUAACGCUGUCAUUAGAUGUGUCAACAAGCAACUCCAAGGAUAUUUUAAAACGAAAAGUUGAAGUACUUCGAGGUAAUUAUAAAGAGAUGUCAACAUUUUUGCAAGUAACGAUUUGUCAAAAACAAUUUAAACCUCACUCCAUGACCUUCAAAGUGAAUAUAGCACGAAACUGA